UCGAAUUCCCCAAACAGCCUUGUUGGUAAAAGUAAUGAGGCACAGAAGGAUGGCACAAAUUCGUAAAUAGGAACUUCCCGGGGGUAUUUUAUUGAACCCAAAAUCAAUGGCAUAAAGUCGUACAUACGACGGGUACUACAGUUCCCGUUCUUGCAUCCAAAUCUCUUCUGUCAUCAUCUCCAGACCCCAGUUGAUCAAUUUUCAGACUUCAGACGUUGUGGAUUUCUCCCGUGGCUGAUUUUCCAUCAACAAGCCAACAUGAUGCACAUGACCUUCUAUUGGAGCAAAAAAGUGACCCUCCUCUUCGACUUCUGGAAAACCGAUUCAUGGACGAGUUACUCAUUGAGUUUGCUCGCGUGUCUCCUGGUCUCUGCUUUCUACCAGUACCUGGAGAAUCGCCGCCUUCGCCUGAAGGCUAUUACAUUUGAGACGCCUUCUUCUACGACGCCCCAGAAUCAGAUCCCACUCCUCCGACAGAAUCUCACCGGUGACAAGGCCAAAUUAGGGGUGAGGUUCGCCGGAGCGUUGCUGUUUGGGUUUAAUUCGGUGGUCGGAUAUCUGCUGAUGCUGGCCGUCAUGUCCUUUAACGGAGGAGUCCUUGUGGCGAUCGUGGUCGGUCUUGCUAUCGGCUACUUCUUUUUCAGGUCUGAGGGUGACGAAGGAACUGUUCUAGUCGCUGACAGCGCCUGUGCAUGUGCUUAGUAACUAAGACUUGGGAAAGAUCGAUGUUGCUUGAAUUACCUAUCUACGCUCACGAAUUUAUGUCAAAUGUAUCACACCUUUUUUAGCCCUUUAUUUUUCUGGGAAUUUGAGAUCGGUGUUGUGAUGCGUGUGCGUCUUUUGGUGUCCAUAAAUAUGUUUCGAUCGCGGACUGCAAACUUUAAAUUUUCAUAUGGAAAUCAUUUUGGAGUAGUUUGGUUUGGUUAGCGUAAGAAGGGCAAUUUUUCCAAAC